CUGACGACCUGCAACCUGCAGUCGACUUUGGAGGAGGGUAUUGGGUGCCGGAUUUUGGCCAAACAGCUCUCUGCGCAAAUGGCUAAGACGAUGACGUUCUGGUUUCUGGUCUUGGCUCUGGUGACCUUAAAUCCAACCUGGCCAUUCUGGCGCGCAGGGGCUGCCGAUGUCACUUCCGCAUCGAUGUUCCAGUUCCUGGACCGACACAAUGCCGCAGGCGACCACAGUUGGUCCCACCUACUGCCCAUCAACUUUUACUCCGAGAUGAACCAGCAGUACUACAGGCGAUUCCGGCGCCAGGCUGGCAGGACGAACACCUUCGGAUCGGGAAAACGGCGGCAGUACCCCUUUGAAUAUGCCCGAUAUGUCUAAUGAUAAUAAAAUUCCCGCCAAUGGCUCCCACCUGUUUUCAAACACAGUUUGAAUCGUUUUCCAUGGAAAUCUGUCUAUCGAUAAGCUUAUAUUAAGACCCCAACUGCGCAUGACCGCAGUGGUGGCUUUGACGUCACCAGGAC